AUGUGUUGUGCUAAAUCAAUAUUAUCAAUAUGUUAUAUAUUCAUAGUUUAUUUAGCAUUGAACCAUUUAGUAGUAAUACCUAAUUUAGCAUCGUCAUCACCAUCAUCAUUAUCGGACAUAAACAAUGUACAUGGACAACCGGCCAGUAUCAGCAAAUACCCGUGGACAGUAUCGAUUGAAUUUGAAAAUCAAAUACUAGCCGGCGGUACCAUAGUUGGCAAACAACACGUAUUGACAAACGCGCGUGUGUUUCACGAUCUACCCAAAAAGAAAAAUUUCUAUGUAGUUCAUAUGGGAACCGACCAAUUUUACAAUCACUCACUCGAGGAGGUGGGUGCCAUGAUAACCAUUGAUGAGUUUAAAUUGCACCCGGAUUAUAAUCCAGAAACUGGUGCAAACGAUCUGGCUAUUGUCAAACUGGCCAAACCUGUACCUGUAAAUCGGCAUACAAUCGCCUUGGCUCAAUUACCCAAUGGUAAAGACGGACAGGUAGGCGACAGGGCUGUAGCUAAUGGACUAUAUUUACCCGAUCCUCAACGAUCGGAUAUAAAUUUUGUAUUGGCCAGUUUACCGAUGACUAUAAUUGAUCAGCAAACGUGUCGUACAAAAACUAAAGAUGAUAACCCUUAUAAACUAACUGAGCAAAUGUUAUGUGCCGUUCCCCAAAAUGCCCGGAAAGGUUUAUGCGAGCACGAUAUCGGCUUCCCAUUGACCACCAGUACAGGUCACCUGAUAGGCCUGAACUCGUGGUAUCGUACGUGCGAUCAUACUGUUGGCAAACCGGCAGUAUUUACACGUAUUGCCAACUAUACCGAUUGGAUCAAACAAAAUCUCAACUAA